GAAGCUUCCUCUGAAGAUGGUAAACAAGGACCUGGUUCAACUGGUACUAAUCCAAGUAUGAUGGAUUUGAACAAUCCCAUGAUGUCUAUCAUAAUGUCCAGUUCUGAUUCUAAUUCUGAAUCUGGGUCUAAAUCUAUGUCUAACUCUUAUUCUAAAUCUGAAAGUACAGAUAUGAAUAGUCCAAUGUCAAUGGUAAAAAUGAAUUUAGAUUUUCCUCAAAUGUCUUCUAUGCUCGAUAUGGAUAUGUCAUCUCAAACGACCUCAGCGGAUUCUAAAGCCGACUCUCAAUCUGACUCAGACGCUACUUCUAAAUCAAACUCUGCAGCAGAUUCUGGUACUACUUCUACCUCUGGUUCUGAUUCUAGUUCUGAAUCUCAAUCUAAGUCUGAAUCUGGUUCUGAAUCUGGUUCUGAAUCUGGUUCUGAAUCUGGUUCUGAAUCUGGUUCUGAAUCUGGUUCACAAUCUAAAUCUAUGUCUAAAUCUGAUUCUACAGAUAUGGAUAAUCGAAUGACAAUGGUUCGAAUGGGUUUAGGUGUUCCUCAAAUGCCUUCUAUGCUCGAUAUGGAUAUGUCAUCUCAAACGACCUCAGCGGAUUCUAAAGCCGACUCUCAAUCUGACUCAGACGCUACUUCUAAAUCAAACUCUGCAGCAGAUUCUGGUACUACUUCUACCUCUGGUUCUGAUUCUAGUUCUGAAUCUCAAUCUAAGUCUGAAUCUGGUUCUGAAUCUGGUUCUGAAUCUGGUUCUGCCUCUGGUUCUGGUUCUGCCUCUGGUUCUGGUUCUGAAUCUGGUUCUGAAUCUAAAUCUAUGUCUAAAUCUGAUUCUACAGAUAUGAUUAAUCGAAUGACAAUGGUUCGAAUGGGUUUAGGUGUUCCUCAAAUGCCUUCUAUGCCCGAUAUGGAUAUGUCAUUUGCAACAAGUUCAGCGGAUUCUAAAGCUGAGUCUGUUUCUCGAUCUAGUUCAGACACUACUGGUUCCGGUUCUAGCUCUAGCUCUAGCUCUAGCUCAGCUUCCGAUUCUGGUUCUGAGUCUGAUUCUAGUAAGACCAAAACAGGAAAUAAUGGAUUAGAAGACACUCAAUCUAGCUCUAGUUCUAGUUCGAGCUCCGCUUCUGAUUCUAACUCUCGUUCUUCGGCUGGGUCUAUUUCUGAUUCUAGCUCAGCAUCAGGUAGUGAGACAAAGACAGAAGAUAAUAAUGGAUCAGGAGUCAUUCCAAUGAUUGGUUCAACUAUUGGUAAAAUGAUGAAGACAGUUAAAAAUGGUUUGAAAUCAAUGACUGAUUCAGGAUCUAGUUCAGAAAGUUCAGACACUGAAUCUAGUUCUGCCUCUGCUUCUGAAUCUAGUUCUGGUUCUAGUUCUGCUUCAAAUUCUGGUACUAAUAAUGAUAAUGAUGAUUCUGGUUCUUCUUCUAACUCUGUUUCUGGUUCUAGCUCGAAAUCAAGUAGUAAGAGCAAUACUGAAACAGAAGAUAAUAAUGGAUUAGGAAUGAUUCCUACUAGUAUGAUUGGUUCAACCAUUGAGGAUAUGAUGAAAACAGUUAAAAGUAGUACUAGUAGCGCAACAUCAAUGACUAACUCUAUGGCUAAUACUGAUUCUGGCGAUAGAAACGGUUCUGAGUCAAGUUCAAGCUCAAGUUCAGGAUCAUCCAGUGAUUCAGGCUCUAACGAUAAAAAAAGUUUACCCGCUAAAUCUUCCGAUAGUUCUGCUGCUGCUUCAUCAUCUACCAGUGAUAAAUCGAAAUCAGGUAAAGCUCCUAAAUCCAACAAUGGAUCGGGUUCCGGUUCUAGAUCAGGAUCAACUUCAACUUCAGGAUCAACUAGUGACUCAGAUUCUAACAAUCAAGGAAAUGCAAGUUCGGCCGCUCAAUCUUCCACUGGUUCUGCUGCUGCUUCAUCAUCUACCAGUGAUAAAUCAAAAUCAGGUAAAGCUCCUAAAUCCUCCACAGGAUCUGGUUCCGGUUCAAGUUCAACUUCCACUUCAGGAUCAACCAGUGGUUCAGAUACUAACAAUCAAGGAAAUACAAGUUCGUCCGCUCAAUCUUCCACUGGCUCUUCUGCUUCAUCAUCUAACAAUAAUGCAUCAAAAUCAGGUAAAGGUCCUAAAUCAAGCACUGGAUCGGGUUCAGGUUCUAGUUCAGGAUCAACUUCAACUUCCACUUCAGGAUCAAGUGCUUCUGGUUCUAGCUCUAAUUCUGGCUCUGGUGGAAAUUCAAAAGGACCCUCAAAUAGUGUAACUAAAUCAUUUUCAUCUUCAAAGUCCACCACAAACAAUAACGGAAAAGGAUAUGCCACAGGUUCAGGAUCAUCUCCAUCAGGAUCACCAAAACAAGGUAAAGGUAAACCAAUACCAACUGGACCUAAUCCAUCUUCGAGCUCUUCUUCUGCAACUUCUAUGGCAAACGCCAAUUCAGUUUCCAAGCAAAACUCAAAUCCAAAAGGUCAAUCAGAUUCUGAAAUCAUGAGUAUUAAAACCCCAGUCAUGUCUGUAGGUGUAUCAGCGUCCGCCUUGGCUUUAUAAAUGAAACUUUUCUUGUCUAUGUUUUAAGAAAACCGUUAAUAAUUAAUAAUAAAUGCAAAAUAUCAUA